CUCUGCAUCAUGUCCUCUGGAGUCCCCACCUUUAAAGACAGGCGUGUGUCGGUGUUGUGCUGCAAGUUCUGUGAGCAGGUGUUGAGCAUACGUGGAAUGAAAGCAGAGCUACUGGCAGGCACAGACCAGGAGAUGUUUUCGACGGAUAUUCCUCCCACCCAGUCAGUGACGAUUCUAAAAUAUUUAAUUUUAACCAUUUAUUGCUAUACUUAUGUAUGUAUGUGUAUAGCUUCUUCUAAUCCAGAGUGAGUCAGGGUUACAUUGUAACUCUGCUGACAGUCUUAAUUUUGCAGAUGUGUAGAAGCAGAUGGAGCAGUGAGAAAAGUCUGCACUCACUGAAAUGAGGAAGGAAAUAGAGGACUUGUAAUGGGAUGUAAGAAUGCCUAUCAAUAAUGGGAGUGUGAGUGUGGUUUAGGAGAAUCACAUAAGAGGAGUGGAAUAGAAGGGAUCUAGAUAUAAGAAAUGAGAGGAAGGGCAUCUGUAAUAAGAAUAAGGGUGCGAGGGACAGAAGUUCUAUGUACGAAGUGGUGAGAAUAGUCUAUACUUGUGGUAUGGUAAAGAGAGGAAACCUAUAACCUAAAAUUUGGUGUCUGUAAAAGAGAUACGAUACAGGGGAUCAGUCAAUUGUAAAUGGAUUUGUGCAACAGUGAUCAUUUAAAGGACCACUAUAGUGCCAGGAAAACAUACUUGUUUUCCUGGCACUAUAGUGCCCUGAGGGUGCCCCUCAGGGACCCCUCCCGCCCGGCUCUGGGGAGAGGAAAGGGGUUAAACUUACCUUUUCUCCAGCGCUGGGCGGGGAGCUCUCCUCUCCGCCUCCGAUCCUCCUCUUCGGCUGAAUGCGCAUGCGCGGCAGUAUCUGCGCGCGCAUUCAGCCGGUCUCAUAUGAAAGCUUUUAUAAUGCUUUCCUAUGGACACUGGCGUCUUCUCACUGUGAUUUUCACAGUGAGAAGCACGCAAACCCUCUAACGGCUGUCAAUGAGACAGCCACUAGAGGCUUUGGAGGCUGGAUUAACCCUAUUAUAAACAUAGCAGUUUCUCUGAAACUGCUAGGUUUAUAAAAAAAAAAGGAUUAAUCCUAGAGGGACCUGGCACCCAGACCACUACAUUAAGCUGAAGUGGUAUGGGUGCCUAGAGUGGUCCUUUAAUAAAGAAAUGUUGACUUAAAAAAACCUACCAAGAUAUGCAGAAUAAAUAACAGUUAAGGCACUCCAGGAUAACAAAAAAUAGAAGCUUUAUUGGGGAAAAACAGCAACGUUUCGACCCUACCGGGGCUUUAUCAAGCUUAAUAAAGAUCCGAUAGGAUCAAAAUGUUGCUGUUUUUGCCCAAAUUAAGCUGCUAUUUUUGUUAUACCGGAGUUCCUGAACUAUUAUUUAUUCUGCAUAUCUUGGAAGGGAGGCCUGGCCUAGCUUCAGAGCACCUGGGUUACUUGUUGAGUGCAGUAUCCAGUACGUCUCUAUUAAAAAAAAAAAAAAAACUACAACCUGUAAUGAAGGAAUUGGACUUGUGACAUAGUAGGCAUGUAAUGGACUAAUGAGCACUGUCUUAAGUGUGAGAAGAAUCGAGUAAGCUCUGAGCAGGCUUUGGUCUCCCACUGUCAAGUGGAGAGAAUCUACCAUGUAUAGCUUAGUAUUUUAUAAAUGAUUAGGUAUGUAGAUAGAUACACGAAAGCACGGAGAAAUAAAGCUUUGUGCAUAGGGCAUACUUCUACAAUAUUGCAGAUGAAGUGGUGUUGGUGGGAGAUCACUUAUUGCACUUCAUUUCUUAUGUAAAUAUUAGCAGAUAGACUUAAAAUAAGCCAUAUAAUGACAUUGCCAGAAUGCAAUUGGCUCUACGUGCAAUAUAUAAACCAAAGCCAAAAUAAAGUAGACAAAUAGACAGAAGUGUAUUACCGAUCCUCAGAGUGGUUGAGCUUAGAGUAAGUUAAUCUUGUGUAUCCCCCUUUCCCCCCAAAAAGAAUGGCAACUAGCACUCGGUACACGGGUACAAAUAUCUAUGUACAGCGUUUUAAGCUAAAACGCUGCACUUUCAGCCUCCUGCCACCAUGACCACUUCUAAAAGCAGAAGUGGCCAUGGUGGUUGUAGUAACCCUUUAAUGAAUAAAAGAGCAAAUCUAGUAAAAAGCUUUGAGGGAGUUUUCUGUCCCGUGGCACAUGUUCUUACUUGGUGUCCUUUUGAAAUUGCUAUAAAGGCAUAAAUUCUCCUUGAAUAAAACAAAAAAAAGUGAUAUACGUAGGUGCUCAAAAUACAGCAAAAUGUGUAAACUAUUCCUGAGUCUUUAAAGGACCACUAUAGUGCCAGGAAAACAUGCUCGUUUUCCUGGCACUAUAGUGCCCUGAGGGUGCCCCCACCCUCAGGGUCCCCCUCCCGCCCGGCUCUGGAAAGAGGAAAGGGGUUAAAACUUACCUUUUUCCAGCGCUGGGCGGGGAGCUCUCUGCCUCCUCUCCUCCUCCAUUCCUCCUCCUGGGCUGAAUGCGCACGCGCGGCAAGAGCUGCGCGCGCAUUCAGCCCGUCGCAUAGGAAAGCAUUUACAAUGCUUUCCUAUGGACGCUUGCGUGCUCUAACUGUGAAAAUCACAGUGAGAAGCACGCAAGCGCCUCUAGUGGCUGUCAAUGAGACAGCCACUAGAGGAUUAGGGGGAAGGCUUAACCCAUUCAUAAACAUAGCAGUUUCUCUGAAACUGCUAUGUUUAUAAAAAAAAAUGGGUUAACCCUAGAAGGACCUGGCACCCAGACCACUUCAUUAAGCUGAAGUGGUCUGGGUGCCUAGAGUGGUCCUUUAAGCAUUUUAUGAUACAUCCAUCUGCAUACAUUUACUCUCAAUUGGGGUGACUUAGGGAUUUUAUGCAGAUCUCUCCUACCAUUCUUUAUGAACCUCCUUUCAUGACGAUGGUCUAUAUGAAUAAGGUAUGUGAACCACCUCACUAUAAAAGCAUUCUGCCCAGGAGAUGGGAUCAUUAGACAUGCUUCCUGCAGAUGCAGAGGAUAAUGGCAGAGCCACAAUGUCAGCACUGGAGCUCAAAAAGUGGGUAAGUGGAUCUCACAUAUCAGUAGUGUCGUCAUAGAUGAAAGCCAGUGGUCAAAUCACAGAAUAACUAAAUGAUACGUAGAUUAAGAAAGAAACAUGCCAUGCCAGUUUAUACGCAAAGUAAAGAGGAAUUGAAAAAGGAAAGGGCUCUCAGGCCAGCAAGGAACCACAAAAGGGCACCAUUCUGUUGGGAGUAAAGGGUUUAAAUGACAAAAUACUGAGCUAAUUACGCAACAUCAGACUUUUGUCUCUAUAAUGCUUGCUAAGUAGACUUACGAGCAUAAAUUGAAUGGCACAAGAUGGUGGAACUAUAAAUUGAAACAGUUUGAUAGCAUACAGUGUCAUCACAUUGGCAUUAUGGGAAAAACAAGUAGAUAUGGGCAAUGCUUGAUGGGAUAACUGGUAGCGUGACAGAAAUAUAAUUUACAGGGUUCUGAAAACUACUGUGUUUUUACAAAGCUGCUUUUUCGUAUUUUAUUUUUUUUGCUAUAUGUAUAUGUAUGUAUUUUUACAAACCAUAUUUUCUUUCUUCUAGAGCUGUCGACUUUGUAGGGUCCUGCUAUUUCUUGGACACAUGCAGAUGCAAACUGAAAUGCCUGGCUUGUUUGAAAUGGUGGGUGUCUUCUUUUGGAGUUUGCUAUAAUAUAAAUAUAUAUUUAUUGAAAUAUCUACUCUUCUACCAGAGAUUCAAUGCGCUUGGUCUAUGUAGCCCUUGUGAAGCAAUAAAUCUUAUUAUCUGGAUGCAAUAAAUGUUUCCUGCCCUUUUACCCCGUCACCCUGAGCUUACAAAGAUUAUGAGAUCCUGAAUUCCAUCUGGAGAGGAACACAUCAUGAAACGAGGUCCAUCCCUUUAUACCAAAUAGUUAUGUGAGUUAAGCAUGCAGUGCUACAGUGUAAAAAUAUUUAGAUUCCGGUAUUCGGUAUUCCAGUAUAUUUAAAAUAUUUAGAUUCCGGUCUCGGUGCAAAUACCUUGUUUUUUCUCUUUGGAUCUAUGAUUGCCUAUCAAUCUUGCGGCUUUGACAUAUAUUCCAAUAAAUAUGCAAAUUUAAAGGAACAUUGCAGGCUUGAGCUGGCCUCUGUUUUUUUUUUAAAUUUUAUUAAAGGAACACUAUAGGCACCAUAAUUCCUUCAUGUCAUCAUUGUGGUUUUUGCACCUGUUCUGUCACUGUCUCACAAUUCAGUGUUAAACCUAUUUCAGUUCAAUUUUAACACCCAAUGGACCCUUGAGAAAGGCAAUAAGAUUAUAAUGAAUCAUUACACUGAUCAACCCCAACAUUAAAACCACCUGUCUAAUAGCAUGUAGGUCCAUCUAAUGCUGCCAAAACAUCUCUGAUAUGUCGAGGCAUGGACUCCACAAGACCUCUGAAUGUGUCCGUGGUAUCUGGCACCAAGACAUUAGCAGCAGAUCUUUUAAGCCCAGCAAGCUGUGAGAUGGGACCUCCGUGGAUCGGAUUUGUUGUUCCAGCACAUCCCUGAAGAGGUGUGCAUUGUCCACAACAAUCUCUAGGUGGUACGUGUCAAAGUCACAUCCACAAUGCCAAAACCAUAGGUUUCCCAGCAGAACAUUGCCCUGAGCAUAACACUGCCUCUGCCGGCCUGCCUUCUUCCCUCAGUGCACCCUCUUGACAUCUCUUCCCCAGGUAAAAAAAUGCACACACCCUGCUAUCCACCUGAUCUAAAAGAAAAUUUGGUCCAUCAGACCAGGCAACCAUCUUCCAUUGCACCGUGGUCCAGUUCUGACUCUCACAUCCCCAUUGAAGGCGCUUUUGGCAAUGGACAGGGGUCAUCGUGGGCAUUCUGACCGGUCUGCAGCUACACAGCCCAAUACACAGCUAAGUACGAUACACUGUGUGUUCUGACACCUUUCUUAUCUUCUCUACAUAUCGGAACAGCCAUAGGCGUGCGCACGGGGUGUGCCGGGUGUGCCUGGGCACACCCUAAUCCCCGCGGCACGCCUAUGCAUAUUGAGACCGGCGCUGGCUCUGCUCUCAGCCUCCCUCCCCACUGACCCACAUGCAGGGAGGGAGGCAGGAGAGGACCGGCGGACCUAUUGCCGGCAGCUCCGCCGGGUUCCUCUCGCGAGAUAGAAGCGUUGCCACGAGGGGCUAGAGUUCACUCUCCACUGGUCCACCAGGGAAAGCAGCAGCACGAUCCCCCCUCCCUACAAAAGGUAAGAAGGGAGGGGGGAUAGCAAGUAAUCCACCUCCACCCCCACAAUCACCCACCCACAUACAGCACACACACAUACAGCACACAUACAGCACAUACAGCACACACAGACAUACACAGCACCCACAGACAUUCAGCACCCACAUACAUACAGUACCCACAGACAUUCAGCACCCACAGACAUACAGCACCCACAGACAUACACAGCACCCACACACAUACAGCACACAUACAGCACAUACAGCACACACAGACAUACACAGCACCCACAGACAUACAGCACCCACAGACAUUCAGCACCCACAGACAUUCAGCACCCACACACAUACAGCACCCACACACAUACAGCACCCAUACACAGCACCCACACACACAUACAGCACCCACACACAUACAGCACCAACACACAUACAGCACCCACAGACAUACACAGCACCCACACACAUACAGCACCCACAGACAUACACAGCACCCACACACAUACAGCACCCACACACAUACAGCACCCACACACAUACACAACACCCACAGACAUACAGCACCCACAGACAUACAGCACCCACAUACAUUCAGCACCCACAUACAUACAGCACCCACAGACAUACAGCACCCACACACAUACACAGCACCCACACACAUACAGCACUCACACACAGCACCCACAGACAUACAGCACCCACAGACAUACACAGCACCCACACACCUACAGCACCCACAGACAUACACAGCACCAACACACAUACAGCACACACAUACAGCACCCUCACAAACACACACAGCACACAAACAGCACCCUCACACACACACAGCACACUAACAGUACCCUCACAAACACAAACAGGACCCUAACAAACUGUCAGGAUAGUGACAGGGAUCUAAUACGCAGAGUGCGGACAGAAGGAGGUACGUAUACCGGACCUUAGAAUGGCCGGACUAACGUAUGGAAAAAACAAGAAUAGUCAAAAGGUAAGCCGAGGUCGAGGGAGCCGGAGGACAGGUAAGCGAGAUACAAGCCGAGUCAAAGGAGAGGAGAGGACAACUGGACAAAAGACAAGCAAGGUCAAAACCGAAAACACUAAGAGAGAGAACGCGCUGAGUGACUAGCAAGCUAGAACCACGACAGGGCAAUGAGCAGUAGUAAAAGUUCCCUUAAAUACCCUGUCACCUUAAUUGAGACCACGCCCCCAAAAGGUCCGGUCAUAAAAGGGGGAGGAGCUAGCGCGGCCGGCGCGAAAACGGACGGAAUUAGCCGAAAUGCUAGGGGCAAGGAGCCCCUAAGCAGAGAGGAUGUCCUCCUUGGAGUCAGCACCAACAGGUACCCUGACACAAACACACACACAGCACACUACCAGUACCCUCACACACAGUACAUUAACAGCACCCUCACAAGCGCACACACACAAACAGCACCCUCACACACAGUACAUUAACAGCAUCCUAACAAGCACGCACACACAAACACCCACAUAGCACACUACCAGCACCGUCACACACACAUCACACUAACAGCACCCUCACACAGCACACACACACACACACACACAGCAGUGUGUGUAUGUGUGUGUGUAUGUGUGUGUAUAUAUAAAUAUAUAUACACAUAUAUAUAUAUACAUAAAUACAUAUAUAUAUGCGGCGUGUGCUUGUGCUUUAGGGUGCACACCCUAAUGCAAUAGGCUGCGCACGCCUAUGGGAACAGCUCACAAGAUUUGCUGCUUUGGAGAUGUACUCAACUAGCCAUCACUAUUUGUCCUAUUCAAAGUCACUCAGAUCUUUGUGCUUGCCAUUGUCGCUGCUUCUAACACAUGAAAUUCAAGAGCUGACGGUUGCUGCCUAAUAAGUCCCACACCCUGACAUGUGCCAUUGUAAAAAUAUAAUCAAUGUUAUUCACCAUCUGUCAGUGGUUUUAAUGUGGAGGCUGAUCAAUGUAGUUCUUAAAGGAUCACUAUAGUAAACCAGACCACUUAAUCUCAGUGAAGUGGUUUGGAUGCAGGGUUCCUGUCAUUUUAAACCUGCAGUGGCUAUUCUGACAGUCACUAGAGGCACUACUACUGCAUUGACUGAGUAAAACUUGGUCAUGUGAUGGAGAAGCUCAUAUGAAAGUAUUCGAUUUAUUGCUUUCAUUUGAAGCAUUAGAUGCACGUGCGGCAAUUGCCUGACAUGUGGUCCUGAAUGCUCCUCUAUGAGGAGCUUUGGAUUGAACCAAGGUGGUGGAGGCCAUACCUCCUCGGUGAGGUGAGCUCACUGACAGUGGGAAAAAAGUUGAGUAAAGAGCUUUAUUUGUAUUACAUUUAUUGGAAAUGACAGCUGUAAACAGCUAGGGACAGGGGCAUUAAAGCUUUAGGAAUAUAGAUUCCUAACUAUAGGUUUGGUGUGUAGCAUGCAACGUGUUAGAUAUACAUGUUAUGCUCGUGGGGUGUUUUGUUUCCAUUUACACUGCCAAUGUGCCAUUUCCUGAUGCAGAGAACUGUUACUCCACCCUUUAUAUUUAGGUCCCUUUUCUCCCUCUUUUCUGUAGUGUAGUUUUUUGGGUUUUUUUGGUUACCAUUGCAAAUGAGAAAAGAAAAUGCAGAGUAAGACAUAUUUGUCACGAAAAGAAAAUAGGUGUUUUUUUAAAGAAAUGUGAGAUACAUAUAAAAAUGUGAGACACUUUUUAUAUAUAUCUUUAAAAGUUGCACCAGUUAUUGCUAAUGGUAGCAACAUUCGUAAUACAAUACAAAGGGAACACAAUUCUCAUUGAUUACUGAGCAUAGAUCAUUGAGCCUUGUUGAUUUAUUCUAAUGUAGUGUAUGCAGUCACCUCUUGGGAUACAGAUAGCUGCAAGGACUUGGCAAGGUUGAACUGAAUCCAUUUUGGUAGAUUUAAAAAAAAAAUGAGAAUUAAUAACAAGCUCCUACAGAGACACAAACAUCACCCACUUCACUAUCCAUGAUAAGGUGAAAUAAUAGGAAAGUGCCAACCAUUGGUUUGAGUGGAAAGGAGGAGGUUCAUUGGCAAAACAUCUCACCAUUGCAGACAGAGGAGAUGGGUAACAAACAUUUACACUAGCUACUACUCGAUCUUUAAAGCAUCAUACUACAGUCAUCAUUUUAUUUUCCGGCAAUGCUGUAUUUGUUUAUUAAUUGUUUGACAUCAACUUUUUCUUAAUUAUGUUAUUGACAUUUGGAGAUGCCAAUAACUGCUCGCUAUUUAAUAUAUAUUUUAUAUUGGAUGCAAUACAGGACACGGGGGUCCUCGAUACCCCUGUUCAUAUUUAAAUCACAUAAACAUAAAUAGGGUUAUUUGCUACAAUGAGAAUUGUCGGGAAUUCAAAGUAAAUUUCUAAUUUAAGACCAAAAGCAGUUGAAAUGGAAAAUUUCUCCAAGCUAGCUAUGCUAGCAAUUUAGCUAUUUUGUGCCAUCAUAUAAUAUUGUAUUACAAAAUAUAAAUAUUAUUCAUAAUCUUAAAUCCGUUUUUAAAAGUUAAUCCACAAGUAUUAAAUCAUUUGAAUGCUUAUCCAACAAUUUUAAAUUGAGCCUUGGUCUAAAAAUUUGAAAAACACUUUGAAUUGCCAAAAAAAUUCUCACUUUAGUAAAUAAGCCUUAAAUAGUUUGUCCAGGCAACUGAGCUGUAAAAACUCCCUGCCUCGUCAAAAGUAUAUUAAGCUGAGAGGAAUGCACUGCAGAGAACUUGAUAAACAAUUAAUUCUGUAGCUGGAAACGUAGCUCUGAGCGGUCACAACCUUUCCUCACUUCCCACAAUUAACCUUGAGAGUGAUGAAUGCCUCUCUUCCCUUACCUGAUAUGUUGUUUGGAAAAUCUACAAAAAAAAUAAACAAUUGUAACCAGUAUAAGCCAGAUAAUGCGACCCAUCUCUUGAAUUUUUUUUUUACAGGGGUCUUCUAUUAACCAUAGAAUGCUCCAUGAGUGUCAUGAACCUUGUUUGUAUGGAAAAGAGGGGGUUUAUAUAAUGAGUAGAAUUACCCUUUGUCCCAUCUCCUUCCACUAAACAAUGAAUCCAUCCUGCAUUUUGUCAGUUGUACAACUAUUGCUGGUAGCGUUGGUGUAACAGUGUGAGAAGUGUUUCUUCCUAAUGCACAAUAUGUCCCUUAAUCAUUUGAAUUCCUCUACAUACAUUGACAUUGUUACUGCACUUGUGUAAUUUACCCACUUCUGUUACAUAAAUCCAGGGGCCAUGGAUUUUUUUUAAAACUAGAUGACAAAGACUUCCAAUUAUUCCCGUGGCCUAUAUAGUCAUUGAAUGUGACGGCAGAUAAGAACCAUUCGGCCCAUCUAGUCCGCCCAAACAUCUUAUUCCAUUAGAGACACCAUGAUAUGUGGUGGAGCAAGAAGCAUGAAGCACCAACACACCAAGCUAUCCCUUAUAUCCCUUAGCAAAGAUGAUCAGUGGCUCAGUAUCUUCUUUUAGGUGGUCAUUAGGGAUAUCUUCAAAUUCUGGCCUCUUGAAGACCGGUAUGAACAAGAGUAGAUUAGGGCAGUGGUUCUCAACCCAGUCCUCAACACACUCCAACAUUCCAUAAUUGUGGUGUUUCCCAAUUCUGUUCCAAACCUGGACUCUUGGAGGAUGGGUUGGGAACCACUGGUUUAAAGCAUGAAACUGAAAUGUCUACUUGAGAUAUAAAUGUUAAGAAUAUCUGGUGAGUAGUUAAAUAAAUGCUACAUUUGUGUUACAGUGGUAAUGAAGUCGGAUACCACGUUGUGGCUCCAUGUCGGCCCUGUCUACUGUCCUGCAACAAUGGCCAUUUCUGGAUGUUUAACAGUAAAUAUGUGUGCAGUAUUAACAGACUGGACCGUGCAGGUAAGUAAGGGACAGAAUAUCCAUUUGAUGCUUUUUUUUUUAUUUUUAUUUUUUUUAUUAUUGUAUUUUUAUCUUAUCAAGUGUUUGCACUGCAUUUAAAACCUGUACAUGUGUAAGGCUGCUUUCAACACUUGAUUUGUUGAUAAAAGUCAUAUGCACCAAAAGAAUAGGUAACUGGGUAAACCAGUAUGGCUACUACUAUAACCACUGAUAUAAUGUGCUGAUGCAUUGAUACUACUUCAAAGAAAACAGAGGAAAUUACUUCCUGUUUAGAUGUGUCUGUCUCUGAGUGUGUGUGUGUGUGUGUGUGUGUGUGUGUGUCUGUGUGUGUGUAACAUGACUGAGUGAUCAAACCUGAAGUGAAAUAUUUUCUGUCCAACUAAGUACAAACCUUAUACAUUUUGCCUCCUCUCACACAUACAUUUUAAACAUCCAGCCUUUACCUGAAAUAUUUGACCUCUUGACACAGAAUGCUUGCUGCAGCUAAUUGAGUACAGAGAGGGCGGUGUGUAUGUAUGUAUAUGUGUGUAUGUGUGUCUCUCUCUCUCUAUCUAUUUAUAUACUGUAUAUAUAUAUAUUAAUUUGGUUGGAGAGCUCUUCCAAUGGGAUAUAACCAGAGCCUUACAGUUUUUUAAAAAUUAGUUACUGUGACACUGGUGGGCGGUAAGGAAAUUUUACCAUCAAUAAAGAUACAAAAGUAGGCGGUAGGUAUUAAAAGGUUGACUACCACUGUUCUAGACUGAUAAUAUAGUAUAGAGAAAUGCAGGUUUAAAUUAAUUGAGAGAAAGAUACUGAGUUGCCAGAUCAGAAUAUGUUUGUGGACUAUUCAUAAAAACUGCAUUUGUUUUGAAAGUGCUGCCUGAAAUUGAUGCUCUCCUGAUGUGAAAUCAGAUAAGUAGUCCAGCAGUUCCUUUGGGAUCUCAACUAUGAGUAUGGGACUAGCAUUGUUAAAGUGUCCAGUAAAACUAUAGCAAACGAAACAAAAAAGGACAACGUUCAGGGUUAUUUACUAAAGUGAGAAUUGUCAGUUAUUAUUAUGAUAUUUAUAGAUCGCCGUCAAAUUCCGCAGCGCUUUACAAUGGGUGGACGAACAGACAUGUAGUUGUAACCAGAUAAGUUGGACACACAGGAACAGAGGGGUUGAGGGCCCUGCUCAAUGAGCUUACAUUCUAGAGGGAGUGGGGUAAAAUGACACAAAAAGGUAAGGAUAAUAUUAGACUAAUGACAGUUGCAGAAGAGGACUGACUGAGUGACUGAGAAAUCUUCCAGUUCAACUAUUUUGGUCUUCAAUUCAAAGUCCGCUAUGGUUCCAGUUUGGUUAUUUUGGCAUCAAGUUUAAAAUUCACGUUGAAUUUAAAAUAAUUCUCACUUUAUUGAAUAAGCCUUUUUGUGAUUGUUUUAAACUGUAGUAGCUCUGGAUAGCAAUGAGUACCACAGUCUUAUAGAACAUCAGAGAGCAGACCUGGCUUCUAACUGCAUACUGGGCAAUCUGCUGAUUUCAUCAUACUGUGAAUAUGCAGAGUGAUCUUCAGUCAGACAUGCACCACUCCCCACUGGUACAUAAAAUGGCAGCACUCCCUUGGCAAGAAUGAAAGCGUCACUUCAAAAAUUUUAACUUGUAUAGAAAUGCUUUAAAGAUGAAAUGUGUCUUUAUGUAUAACCUGCUGCUUGACAAGAGGUAAGAAACGGUGAAGCUUUAGUCAAGCUCCAUGUCCUUUUUUAUUGGUUAUGACACUGUGACAUCACUUCAGGCAGCAGUGUGUCAUGGAUCAGUGUCGUAUGAUGCAGUCAGCACAGGUCUAAGGUGUACUGGUGAUUUCACGUGCAAACCAUAGGAAGAACAGAGGCUGGCAUCUCCAGAAGCCUCCAUCUUGGAAAUGCUAAGAUGGCGGCAGCAUGAAAAAAGACCUGGUGAAAACAGCACAAUCAAAAAAAAUAAGAAAUUAGCACUAAUCCCAGUGUCCAUAAAUGUUUUUGGGGGGCUAGAGGGGGGAUUUCACAAAUAAAGAAAAUCUUUUGUUAGAAUAAAAUAGAACAUCUCUGACAGUUUUAUAUAUAUAUAUAUAUAUUCCAUUCUUUUCUCAAUAACGUUUUUUAUUUCGUACACUAUUUUAAAAAGGUAUCAAAUCCUCUGCGAUGGCACUCUCUUUAUCAAGAAAUAUCUAUUUUUGAAUAGAUUUCCUGGGUUGUUGCAUUCAUCCAGUUUUUAUGCACCAAGCGAGUGACACUAUUGCUUUGAACACACUCUAUCAUUCUGCUGUCAGUGCUGGUAAAGGAAUCAUCGUUCUCUACUCAGUAACACUCUAAUAACAGGUGGUUUACUGGUGAUAAAGCAGCUCUUGGAAGUCUGUGAUCUGUUAACCAGUCGCUGCCAAGUUACACAUGUUCAGCAUUCCUAGGAACACUUGUUAGCACAUUCAGAUUCAGUACAGAGGAUAUAAGAUAAUGUUAAGAAUAUCUGGUGAAUAUCUAUUUGUGCCCAUGUAAUUUUUCAGAACAAUUAAAUUAGUAAAAUCCAAUAAAAUAUUUUAAUAGGAAUAUAUUAAGUAUACAUUGUAAAAUAGUAACUCACUAUCAAUUAUGGUGGAGGAAGGCAUGGGGUGCUUGUUAUAUUAUACUGAGCUUGUGUGUUAGCAAGAUGUUGGCUGGGGUUAUUUGGCUUCUGUCUCCUGUUAGCUUGUCACCUCAAAACCAUUUAUUUAAUAUGAUGAUGUUUUCAAGUUUGGAAAGGAAAUUGUUUUUCAAGUGAAGUAGAUGUUAAAACAAAAUCCAAAAAGAGAAAAAAAAACUCACCUUCCCUUCCCCCCAUUUUUUAAAUUGAAUCUGUGAUCUGGCAACCCCCCAUUAUUUAAUUUAAAGUCCCCACCUGAUUCUCUGGGGACAAGAAGGGGACCAGGUCACCAAAUGUACCCAGCUGAUUGGUGCAGAUUCAGCCAGGUUGGCUAGAUUCCGACUGGAGUUGGGUUUAGGAAAUAUGAGAAUUGCCACGUGGCCGGAAUUCAAUCAUUUUCACUGUAUUUUGUAAAUUUAGAAAAAACCUGGUGUUUUGUGAAUUUUUGUGUUCAAGUUAAGAACAAUUUGAAUUCCUUUAAGUGACUGCUUUCAUCUUUAUGUUAACAAUGAGUUAAAUAAUUACAAUAAUACAAAUGAAAAUGCCAAUGGGAAUAGCACAGAAUUAUGUGAGACUCAUAUUGCAUGAUUUGUCUUAUCCGGGAGACACUAGGAUAUGGAAAAUUCCACUUAUGAUAAGACCCUACAGAAUUAUGGCAAAGCAGAGAAGAGUUGUGCAGAAUAACAGGAAACAAGCAUAGUAUCAGGCAGUUUAAAAGGGAAAUAUGAUUGUAUUUCUUUUCAGAUAUGUUUAUCAUUAUAAAACAGCCUUUUAUGGUGUUUGAUUUAUUUUAAAAUAGUUGGGUUUUUUUGUAGAUUUUAGCAUCUUUAUAUGGGUACUAGCUACUUCUUAUACCUAACUUGAUUAAUUGAAGGGGUGUGAGGAAAAAAGCAUGAAUAAUUUAUACAAGAAUUAUUUUUAAAAACGUGCACAGUGUGGUUUAUUAGAUCUCCUUGGUUUGGGAAUUAAAGGGUUACUCAAAGUCUUGGGGUGAAGGGGGCAGGGGGAGUCCAGUGUAAAAUGUCCUAUUACACUAUAGAGAAUGUACCCCCCUCCAAAUCUAUAUAAUAAAAGAGACUUGCUGAUCUGUAAUCUAGCGCCGAGUGAAGUAACCAGCGCUGACUUCCCAGCCCCUUCCGACAUCACAGGACCCACUGCAGACCAAUCAGAAACGUCUCAUUGA